GCGCAAAGCCCAUUCAAGCUUUGUCCCAUUGUCUUUGCCCUUGACCCUCUUAAUCGCGGCCACUGCCGGUUCUACUUUCUUUUCGCAUACCCACUCUCAACCCGCUUCUACGACCGUCUGAUCUUUCCAAGGUGUCACCCGAUACCCCGCAGCAUCACGUCGCGCGACAGUUGUUUGACGCUCGUGUGUGCGACGGUGACCAGCUUGACAAUCGCGUGCGUCACUAGUCUUGGUAUACAGGCUUGGAAGUUGGUCGCACGCCAGCCCAGGCACAACUUCCAACCCUGCGGUCUGACAGUCAGCCUGGUCCCCGCUUGCAGUUCCCCACUGUUCUGCCCAUCCUACCUGCGAUCAGCGCUGCACUCACGUUUCAACCAUGGAGAACAACCUGAGCGCCGCCCGAGCCUCUCGGCGCUACCUCGACGAGCGCCUUCGCAACGACUGGGAGUACCCCGACGUGCCCGCCAUUUGGUCAGCCUCUGACGAAGAGGUCCGCGACGCUGCCGACUUUCGCGAGCGCUACUAUGGCGAAUCGGAAUCUGGUGACUCGGAUCAAGAAGACGAAGGGGUUGGCCCGUACAGGUUCGACAACCCAGAGAGUAUCGGCGAUGCGGUAGCGAGCACCAGAGAGGCGCGCAGAAGGCGCCGUAGAGAGAGGCUCGAGCGCGAGAUGAAAGACAACGAAGGACUGAGGAUCUGGGUCGAGCGACGAGACGUAUGGACAGGCGCAGCGAGUGUCAAGAAGUACGGCACAAACCGACAAAGACAGGCGAACCGCCCUUCUUCUGCGGCAGGAUACUCUUCCGAAGAGCACGCUGUCACACCCACAGGCUCCGAAUCGCACUCCAUCACGAGCGCCACGCCAGACACCUUCGACCUCGUCCCCGUCGCGCCGCGUCUUCUCGACGACAACCCGAUCCGUGCCUCCAUCACCCCCAAAGCCUACCGCGACAUCUUCCAGAAAAUCGUAGUCUCGUCGCGCACGCCCUCGGUCCCCAUCAACCUCGCAGACAUGACCAAGGCGCUGGUACAAGGCUGGAAGGACUCGGAUGAAUGGCCGCCAAGGGUGGCUGCGGUUGACCCUCUUGCUGGUAAGAAGCGCACUCUUGCUGGUACUCCAUCCAACGGACAUCAUGGAGGUUUCAUAGCGCGACACCCUCAUCUGGAGAAGAGCGUGGACGGCAUGAAGCGGAUCCUACAUCUCAACGGGCACCACGAGAUUGGGCACGAGCAUGACAAGGAGCACGAGCAUGGUGGGAAAGAGGGUUGAAGCACCGUUUGGCAUGAGUCAGUGCUUGUCCUUCACAACG